AAAAGGAUUGCUAAAAUAGAAAAUGUGAAAACCCUGAUUAGCCUGCUGUAAAACCUCAGGACGUCACGGUCCCUACUCAUCCAGGCCGCUGUGCAGUGAAUUGGUGUUUGGUAUCAAAGAUGGAGUACGUCAAUCCCGAAGGUCUUCGUUUAGAUGGUCGCCGUCCCAUGGAGAUGAGACAACUUCGUGCUGAAAUAGGGGUUGUGUCAAGAGCUGAUGGUUCCGCUUCUUUUGAAAUGGGUAAUACCAAAGUCAUUGCUGCAGUUUAUGGUCCUAGGGAGGUUCAGAACAGGAGCCAACAGAUGAAUGACCAGGCCCUGGUACGAUGCGAGUAUGGCAUGGCUAAUUUCAGCACUGGUGAUCGCCGGAGAAAAACAAAGGGUGACAGGAGGUCCACAGAGAUAUCUCUUGUUAUUCGCCAGACAAUGGAAGCUUGCAUAUUGACGCACCUGAUGCCUCGCUCUCAGAUAGACAUUUAUGUCCAAGUUCUCCAAGCAGAUGGAGGUACAAGUUCAGCAUGCAUAAAUGCUGCUACACUGGCACUAGCUGACGCUGGGAUUCCCAUGCGUGAUCUUGUCACAUCGUGCAGUGCUGGAUACCUGAAUAGCACGCCACUUCUUGAUCUAAACUACUUGGAAGACAGUGCUGGAGGCGCUGAUGUCACUGUAGGAAUUUUACCUAAGUUGGACAAAGUGACCCUUCUGCAGAUGGAUGCUAAACUACCAAUGGAUAUUUUUGAAAAUGUCAUGCAAUUAGCAGUUGAAGGCUGCAAAGCAGUGGAAAGCUACAUCCGGGAAAUAUUGUUGGAAAAUACCAAGACAUUGGAGAUUCGCCGAGGUGUAUAGCUCUUAAAAGUCUGAGGAACUUUUAUUGAAUUUUUGUUUGCUACAGAUGCUUAAGGCAAAAAUGGGUCCUGGUUGUGCUACUGCAAUCUUUUCGAAGACGGUGGAUCAAAAAGUUUGAUGUGCAAAUCAGCGAGAGCCUGUGGAGCAAUUAUCUCCCCUAAUGUCUUUUUUAGUCAUGUCUCAGUGCUCGUAGGAUGUGUAUUUUAUGGAUCCUUAUUAAAAUUGAAGAUUAAUAUGCAAGAUAAGAGUUAUUUUUUAACUGUAUCAAAGAACUUCAGGUAUGGUAGACCAUAUGUGAAGUCAAUUGUUUACUUUGUUCCUAACUUGUCUUUAAAGUAAAACGGCUUUUGCGCGUUAAGGUAUCUUAAUAAAGAUGGAUUAUUUUGAAGUG